AGUACAGCGGGCCGCGCGUGCACCUCAGUCUGCCGGCAACCGCGACGGGGGACGCACGUAUCUUUCGCGCGCGGACCGAAAUAUCCUCGUGGCCGACCGCGUGUCACAUCGACUAAUAUGAACAUCCUAACCCAAAUAACGGCCUUUCUGGUCGUGGUGGCGCUGUCGUCAAGCAGUGUGGUCCAGUCACCCAGCGCGAAGGGAGACAACUUCGAGCUGCUCAUCCUUCAUAACAAUGACAUGCAUGCACGGUUCGAGCAGACCAGCCAGCUUAGUGGCACCUGUACUGCUAAAGACAGGGAGGCGGGCAAGUGCUAUGGCGGCUUCCCGAGGGUCGCUUACGUGGUAAAGCAGGCGAGAGAAGCAGCAGCAUCAGGACAAGGCCCUCCAGUUCUGUACUUGAACGCUGGAGACACCUACACGGGAACUGCCUGGUUCACCAUCUACAAGUGGAAGAUUGCUGCCGAGUUCAUCAACGCUCUGCAACCUGACGCUGUGUCUCUCGGGAACCACGAAUUCGACGAGGAAGUCGAGGGACUUGUGCCCUUCAUACAUAACGUAACGAUUCCUGUAUUAGCUGCCAAUCUCAUCUUGGACAAAGUACCUGAACUUGAACAUGAACCAAAUUUACAUAAAUCCAUCAUCCUAUUGGUACAGGGCGUAAAAAUUGGAGUGAUAGGAUACUUAACACCAGAAACCAAAUAUCUAGCUCCAAAAAAUAAAGUAGAAUACGAAGAGGAAAUUAUCGCUAUCAGACGGGAAGUAGAGGCAUUGAAAAAACAAGAUGUUAAAAUAUUCAUUGCCCUUGGACAUUCAGGUUUCAUUAAAGACAUUGAAAUAGCAAAAAAUGUCGAGGAUAUAGACUUAGUGAUCGGGGGUCACUCGAACACAUUUCUGUGGAACGGAUUUACAAACGAAAAGCCUGAAUAUCCAGAGGGACCAUAUCCUACCAUGGUGGUGCAACCAUCUGGUAGACGGGUGCCUGUAGUGCAAGCUUACGCGUACACCAAAUACAUGGGCAGGCUACAUUUGGUAUUUGACGCAGAUGGAGAAAUCGUAAAAUACGAUGGAACACCACUAUUACUCAGUCAAGAUGUACCAAACGAUGAAGAACUUUCAAUAACUAUCGACCGUUAUCGUACCGAAGUAGGCAGAAUAAACAACGAAGUGAUAGGAAGUUCUUUGGUAGGUCUGGAUGGAAUAUGCCGCAUCAAAGAGUGUAACAUGGGAAACUUCAUCACGGAUGCCAUUUUGAACUACACUGCUAGGUAUUACCCUGACUAUUCUGACGUGAAGAUAGCGGUGGUUCAAGGUGGCAGGAUUAGGACUUCGAUAGACCAAGCAGCGAAACCAAUGAAAAUAUUGAGAGGGGAUUUAAUUACAGUGAUUCCUUUCUCGGACACGUUAAGCAUAGUGACGAUGAAUGGGACGGUGUUGAAGCAAGCCCUGGAGCACUCGGUGUCGACGUGGCGCCUAAUCGACAGCACUGGCAAUUUCCUUCAGAUGUCUGGCAUACAAGUGACAUACGAUUUAGCAGAGCCAGCGGGAUCUCGCAUCAUAGAUGCAAAAGCUGCAUGUUCUCAAUGCGGAGACCCUUCAAUUUCUGAAGUAAAAGACGACUACGUGUACAAAGUGUUUAUGCCUUCAUUUUUGGCCGACGGUGGCGACGGCUACGUUAUGUUUGAGAAUCUAACAAAAGAAGUUAUUUCGUUCGACGAGUUGAAGUGCCUCUUCGAUUAUUUAGGCAAAUAUAGUCCAAUAAAGCCAGAAGUAUCAAAUCGUAUUACGCUACUGAAUAAGGACAAGCUUAAAAGUGAACCUCAUAGAAUAAAUAAUAAUACAAAUAGAUUACUUGCAGUACCUAGUACUAUCUUAAGUAUAGUUCUGUUGUGCAAAGUAUUAUACUCAUGAUGAUUAAGCAAACUUAUUUACAAUUAGGGUAGAUUCAUAAUGUGAAUUUAGCAGUAUUUGUUUCUCUCGCUUGUACUAGUUACCAAAAUUCAAAAACAGUGUUGAGAAAUAUUCCAGUUGAAAUCAAACCAAAAAUAUUAUGUAAAUUAACUGUAAAUAACAGAUGUAGAUACUUUUAUGAGCAACCAGUAUAAAUAGAAAAAAUCAUAUUUAUUUUUGUACAUUCCUAAUCUAAAUUGCUCUAAAGCAAAUGGUAUUUAAAAAAAAGAUUACAAGAACCAUUUCCAUUUCAUUCCUAUAACAACCUGUAAAUCUGUUAUUAUAACAGACCACAUUCCCUACCAAAAUAUGGGGCAUUUAUGUAAAAGUUCAUGUGAUCUUAGUUGAUAGUUUAGCAAUAACUUUGCAGUUAAAGUCUACUUAUUUAUCUAUCUAUAUAAAUAAAAAUGAAUUGAUGUUCGUUAGUCUGAUUAAAACUCGAGAACGGCUGGGCCGAUUGAGCUGAUUUUGGUUUUAAAAUGUUUGUCGUAGUCCAGGGUAGGUCUAAACGGUGAGCAAAUACGCGCGCGAUAUUGUUUUUCUGUGACAGACAUAAUUCCACGCGGGCGAAGCUGCGGGCGGAAAGCUAGUAUGUAAUAUAAUUUACAUGUACUUACAUAAAUGUUAAAAGGCUACUUUUCAAUUGACAUAAAUUAUAAAUACUGUUAUUCAUAGAUUUCAAUGUGUAAUAUUAUUUUGUUACCGCAAUGUUAUUUUUUUAUUAAAUCUUCUUAAUUCAAAGAAUUACAAUUUUAACAAAUAUCAUGAAUAAAUUAAAUAGCAAUUGAAAAGUGGGCCUUGAAUAAAUAGAUAUUUAAAGUUAGAUAAAUUAAUCUCAUUUAUCAUAGACUCUUUUUUACUUGUGAUUUUUAACUGUUGCCAAUUUUUAUUUUUGAAACUGAGAACAACUACAACUUGUUACCUAUGUGAACAAAUGAAAAGAAAACUGAA